UUGUCGAUAAAUAGUAUGUUUACCCAAAUCCGCGUCUGCUCUGCUUAUCCCUUCGUUAUAUUCGGCUUCUCAGUUCCCCUCUCGGGCGUCCCUCAAGAAGAGAAGGAGAUGAAAAGAGACCAUCAAGAUGCAGGCGGCGGCGGACGAGGAGAUUGGUAUGCUGUGGCGGAGCAAGAAAAGGGCAAAGCGUCGAUGGGAACGGAUGACGGCGUCGACGAGCUGCUGGCUGCGUUGGGCUACAAGGUCCGGUCGUCCGACAUGGCCGACGUGGCGCAGAAACUGGAGCAGCUGGAGAUGGCCAUGGAGAGCAGUGCUGCCGCUAACGACGACGUCCUCUUCGCUCACCCCGCCUUCGAUAGUGUCCACUAUAAUCCGUCCGAUAUCUCUGCCUGGGUCGACAACAUUCUCUCGGAGCUCAAUGCCCCUCCGCCUCUUCCCCAACAGCCGCCGCCGCCGCCUGCUGCCUCGCUCCGCCACCAGUUCGACCUUUCCCCCGCUGGCACAGAGCAAUACAGCAUCGGCACAGUUGACCACUACAGCCCGGCCGAUGUUUACGAGCUUAAGCCACAAUCUUCUACGGCCUCCCUGAGAGAUCGGAAGAGGUUAAAAGUCUGCAGCGCAUUUCCAUCGUCGUCGACCCCCACGGAUGUGGCGGCGCAGCAAGUGGUCGUCGUGGACUCGCAGGAGGCCGGUAUCCGUCUGGUACACGCUCUGAUGGCGUGUGCAGAGGCGGUGCAGAAGGAUAACUUGAAGGCGGCGGGCGCCAUCGUGAAGCAGAUAUCCGUCCUCGCCGCAUCGCAAGGCGGCGCGAUGCGCAAGGUCGCUGGAUACUUCGCGGAGGCCCUUGCCCAUCGGAUCUACCGGCCGCAGUCCCCUCGUGGCGUGAGCUGCUCGAGUACUCACGAAUCCACCGCCUUCGACGACAUGCUUCACCAGCACUUCUACGAGAGUUGCCCCUACCUCAAGUUCGGCCAUUUCACAGCGAACCAGGCGAUUCUGGAAGCCUUCGCCGGCUGCCGCCGCGUCCACGUUGUUGAUUUUGGGAUGCGGCAGGGACUGCAGUGGCCGGCUCUCCUCCAAGCGCUCGCUCUCCGCCCAGGAGGUCCGCCGUCGUUUCGCCUCACUGGAAUCGGCCCGCCACAGCCCGACAACUCGGACUCUCUACAGGAGGUAGGCUGGAAGCUCGCCCAGCUCGCUGAGACCAUCCGCGUCGACUUCCGCUACCGCGGCUUUGUGGCCACUAGCCUCGCGGAUCUGGAACCCUACCUGCUGCUCGGUGCGGAAACCGACGGCAGAGGCGUAGAGGACGACGAGCCGGAGGUGGUGGCGGUGAACUCGGUCUUUGAGCUGCAUCGGUUGCUCGCGCGGUCAGGGGCACUGGAGAAGGUGCUAGGGACGAUCCUUGCGGUACGACCGCGGAUUGUGACUGUGGUGGAGCAGGAGGCGAACCAUAAUGGAAGGACGUUCCUGGAUCGGUUCACGGAGGCGCUGCACUACUACUCGACCAUGUUCGAUUCACUGGAGGGCAGCACCUCGCCGCCCUCGUCCCCCGAAGCGAGGCGGCAUGGCCAGGCGAUGUCGGAGAUGUACCUGGGCCGUCAGAUCUACAACGUGGUGGCGUGCGAAGGGGCGGAGCGGACGGAGCGUCACGAGGCGCUGGCGCAGUGGCGCGCGCGCAUGUGCCGUGCCGGAUUUGAGUCCGUCCCAAUCGGAUCCAACGCCUUCAAGCAAGCGAGCAUGCUCCUUGCCCUCUUCGACGGCGGAGAAGGAUUCCGGGUGGAGGAGAACGACGGGUGCCUCAGCCUAGGCUGGCACACGCGCCCCCUAAUCGCCACCUCCGCCUGGCGGGCUGCCGGCGAUCCCCUGAGAACCUCCGCAUCCAGCUGAAUCACUUCCCUGCUAGGGCACGCACCUCAGCCGUUAGAUCGACUCACGGGUAACUCCUAGCCGCACGAUCUAGAGAGAGUGUUUUCGUAAAAUCGACGGACAAGUAGGCUAACCAUCGAUGCACGAAUCUCCAAGUUUCUUAAAUAAGCGAACACAACCACCCCUUAUGUUCAAAGAGAAAUUAGACCUUUUUCUUAAUGGUGUGAAAUAAGUUUAAAUUAGAAGUAGAUUAA